AUGGCACCAAAGGAGAUUGACGGCGCCGAGGUCGCCAAGCACAACAGUCGCGAGAAUGGCGUAUGGAUCGUUGUCCACGACCACGUCUACGAUGUGACCGACUUCCUUGACGAACACCCAGGUGGUGCCGAAAUCAUCCUCCGCUACGCCGGCAAGGACGCGACGGAGGAGUAUGACCCUAUCCACCCCCCCGAGGCGAUCAAGGACAACCUCGAGCCCGAGAAACAGCUUGGUCCCCUCAAGAAGGGAACACUCAAGGAGGAGCCCAAGGCCGAAGAGCCCGCCUCGACACCCGCCGCCACCUCGACCCAGGUGGUGACGGUGCAGGAGCCGUACGUCAAGCCGUCGCUGGACCAGAUCCUGUCCCUGCACGACUUUGAGGCCGUCGCGCGCAUGACCAUGUCCCGCCGCGGUUGGAACUACUACUCGUCGGGCGCGGACGACGAGAUCACCAUGCGCGAGAACUACAAUGCAUACCAGCGGGUUUGGUUCCGUCCGCGCGUGCUCCGUAACGUCGGGACGAUUGACUACUCGACCAAGAUCCUCGGAUUCGACUCGUCGAUGCCCGUUUACAUUACCGCCACUGCCCUCGGCAAGCUCGGCCAUCCCGAAGGCGAGGUGUGCCUCACCAAGGCUGCGCACGAGCACAACGUCAUCCAGAUGAUCCCUACACUCGCGUCGUGCUCGUUUGACGAGAUGGUUGACGCUGCCGCACCGGGCCAGGUCCAGUUCCUCCAGUUGUAUGUCAACUCGGACCGGUCGCGUACCCGCAAGAUCAUCAAGCACGCUGCCAAGCGCGGCGUCAAGGCGCUCUUCAUCACCGUUGAUGCGCCCCAGCUCGGUCGUCGUGAGAAGGACAUGCGCACCAAGUUUGAGGGUAACGCGUCGGCGCACCAGACCAAGGGCGGAGACGCAGUUCAGCGCGACUCGGGUGCGGCGCGCGCCAUCUCGUCCUUCAUCGACCCCGGACUGUGCUGGAACGACAUUCCUGAGUUGCGCGAGGCUGCAGGCAAGAUGAAGGUCCUCUUGAAGGGCGUGCAGUGCUGGGAGGACGCGGUGCUUGCGGCCGAGGCUGGCGUCGACGGGAUCGUGCUGUCCAACCACGGCGGUCGCCAACUUGACUUUGCUCCUGCGGCAAUCACCAUUCUUCCCGAGGUGGUUCAGCAGCUCAACCACCGCGGCCUGCUUUUCAAGGCGGACGGGACGCGUUUCGAGAUCCUCAUCGACGGAGGAGUCCGCCGGGCAACGGACGUACUCAAGGCCGUCGCUCUUGGUGCUACUGCCGUCGGAAUUGGCCGUCCCAUGAUCUACGCAAUGAGCGGGUACGGUACCGAGGGUGUGUCGCGUGCGCUGCAGAUCCUCAAGGACGAGUUUGAGAUGAACAUGCGUCUCAUUGGCGCGCCGACACUCCAGCACGUCAACCCCUCCAUGGUCGACAUUAGCGCGCUCCGUACGCCCAACGUCGGACCUACUGCCUACGCCACCAACUACGAGCUCAUGAUGCCCGCGGGAAUCAAGUCCAAGCUCUGA